ACCUAUUUCUCGUCUUCCUCCUCUCCUAAGUUCCUCCUUCAGCCAAUUCUGCAUUUUUUUUUUUUGGGUAUCUCUUACCGGCUUAAAGAUAAUCCUCUGAAAACCAUCGAUUAUGUCUUGACUAGGAUAUAAAUCGGUGCCCUUCUGAUUUUCGCAUAUCUCCCGCAUCCAUCUCUUUUUCUCCACAAGAAGAGAACCCAAAAAUAUAGUAGAAAAGUACUCAAGCUAGGGUUUCAGUGUAUGUCCAAAAAUUUGAAGGCAUUCAAAAGCGCAAAAGAAAGAAAAACUCCAAAACCUAUAAAGGAAUCAAUAAUCAUAAAAACCAUCAUGUAUCAGCCAAACAUGUUUGAGUCUCAUCAUCAUAUGUUUGAUAUGACUCCGAAAAACUCGGAUAACGAUUUGGGUCUUACGGGGAGCCGAGAAGACGACUUCGAGACCAAGUCUGGCGCAGAAGUCACCAUGGAGAAUCCUUUAGAAGAAGAGCUUCAAGAUCCUAAUCAGCGUCCUAACAAAAAGAAGCGUUACCACCGUCACACGCAACGCCAGAUUCAAGAGCUUGAAUCGUUCUUUAAGGAGUGUCCUCAUCCUGACGAUAAGCAAAGAAAAGAGCUGAGCCGAGAGCUAAAUUUAGAACCUCUUCAAGUCAAGUUUUGGUUCCAAAACAAGCGCACCCAAAUGAAGGCACAACAUGAGAGGCAUGAGAACUCGAUUCUGAAGUCAGACAACGACAAGCUCAGAGCAGAGAACAAUAGGUACAAGGAUGCUCUAAACAACGCAACAUGUCCAAACUGUGGUGGUCCUGCUGCCAUAGGAGAAAUGUCAUUCGACGAGCAGCAUUUAAGGAUUGAAAACGCUCGUCUACGCGAAGAAAUCGAUAGAAUCUCUGCCAUAGCUGCUAAGUAUGUAGGGAAGCCAUUGCUGCCUCACUCUUCCUCGCCUUUCCCUCAGCUCACAUCUUCACACCACAUUCCAUCCCGCUCCCUUGAUCUUGAAGUUGGCAACUUUGGGAACACUAACACUAGCCAGACAGGUUUCCUAGGGGACAUGUAUGGAACAAGCGACAUUAUGAGAUCGGUCUCGAUCCAUAGUGAUGCUGAUAAGCCAAUGAUUGUUGAGCUAGCUGUUGCUGCCAUGGAAGAGCUUGUGAGAAUGGCUCAAACCGGUGAUCCCUUGUGGGUUCCAAGCGAUAAUGCGGUUGAGAUUCUCAGUGAAGAAGAGUAUUUUCGAACGUUCCCUAGGGGGAUUGGACCUAAACCUAUCGGUUUAAGAUCAGAAGCUUCUAGAGAGUCCACGGUUGUCAUCAUGAACCAUAUCAAUCUCGUUGAGAUUCUAAUGGAUGUGAAUCAAUGGUCUAGUGUGUUCUGUGGGAUUGUAUCGAGAGCACUGACGCUAGAAGUUCUCUCUACUGGCGUCGCAGGGAACUACAAUGGGGCAUUACAAGUGAUGACAGCUGAGUUCCAAGUCCCGUCACCGCUUGUCCCGACACGUGAGAACUACUUUGUAAGGUACUGUAAGCAGCACAACGACAACACUUGGGCGGUUGUUGAUGUCUCUUUGGACAGCCUAAGACCAAGUCCCAUCACUAGAAGCAGGAGAAGACCCUCUGGUUGUCUGAUUCAAGAAUUGCAGAAUGGCUAUUCUAAGGUGACAUGGGUAGAGCAUACGGAGGUGGAUGAUAGAUCGGUUCACACCAUGUACAAACCGUUGGUUAAUACCGGUUUAGCUUUUGGUGCGAAACGUUGGGUGGCUACACUUGACCGCCAAUGCGAGCGGCUCGCUAGUUCGAUGGCUAGCAACAUUCCAGCCGGUGAUCUUUCCGUGAUAACGAGUCCUGAGGGGAGAAAGAGCAUGUUGAAGCUAGCGGAGAGGAUGGUUAUGAGCUUCUGUAGCGGAGUAGGCGCGUCGAAUGCACACGCAUGGACGACUUUGGCUACCACAGGAUCCGACGACGUUCGGGUCAUGACCAGGAAGAGCAUGGAUGAUCCAGGAAGGCCUCCGGGUAUCGUCUUGAGCGCCGCCACUUCCUUCUGGAUCCCAGUGGCACCUAAACGUGUGUUUGAUUUUCUGAGAGAUGAAAACUCUAGAAGCGAGUGGGACAUACUUUCGAACGGAGGCUUGGUUCAAGAAAUGGCUCACAUCGCUAAUGGUCGUGACCCUGGGAACUCUGUCUCCUUGUUCCGAGUUAAUAGCGCGAACUCAGGACAGAGCAACAUG